GAUGAACAGGUGAAAUUGUUUUCUGCUGAAGCAAAAAAGCCUGCAGAAAGCUUUACCAUGCCAGUACUGCACGUUUGUUGGUUUCAACUGAUGCACUUAAUUGGCAAUCCGGCCGAUAUCAUCUCGCAUGAUCCUCGCAUCGCCGGUGCACUUCCAGCAAAUCCCCUUCGUGCUCUUCUUACCACUGGUCAAAUGGAUAGUGAGGGAAAUCCGUUGAUUCGAAAAUUUGACGCCGAUUUCACCGAAUAUACGGCCAGUAAUCUGAGGCGCUGUUUCUUCAUGGCAUGUGCUGCUGUCAAGAAACUUGUCGAUAUUUUCUACGGAGACAGUCAAUUAUCGAUUGAUUUUGGAGAAUCCGAUGAACUGAUGCGACUUUGGCUGGACGUUAAUCAUUCAUUGUAUGAGGAUUGGCUAAGGCAUCAGCAGGUAGUUAUAAUCUUUGAUCUCAUAAUCCGAUUGUUCCCACAAAACUCGAAUGGUUCAGUGUAUGUUGGAGAUAAUGCAACAGCAAUGCAGAUUGCAGCAUCAAGUGGUGGAGGUGGCCUAAAAAAUACCCUUGCAAUUGCAAGUGCUUCGAAAAGUCGAGCUGCUUCAGGUAACAAGGCGCAGAAGCCUUUCGUCGGUGAGCGCCAACCAAAAGUUGCCCGUAUGCUAGAUACAUUCAUGGACUGGCUAGUACAAUCUUCACUAAUGCGAUCUCACAACCGAUCCGCUUCAAAAACGGCACAGGUGGAUUUGGAUUAUCUCCUCUCGUGCAUGACCGCACUGGACGGCUACCUGUAA